UAAAGUCUUUGCAGUCAUUAAGCCCCGGGCUUUGAGGAAGAUGUCAUGACUGUGGACACCGGUAAUACAGGAAAAUACGGGAAAACAAUAAAAUAAAUGCCUGAAAAUGCACUGGAUAUCCAUGGGUAUUUGCCUCAAAUGCUUAUCAUAUGCGGGGAAGUUCAUAACCUCUGCUUGAAUCCAUGGGAGGGGCUCUGUGAUGCUGAGGCUGAUAAUGGAUUGCUUGGAAGUUCAUACAGACAGACCGGGGAGAUUUGGAAUAUUUUGAUCUGGACACACCGGAGCAUAGUGUUGUUGUGUUUUCAUGAAUUUUUCUCUCAAUUUUCGCUUUGUUUGACCUUGAGUCCUGAGUGGGAGCUGUUUCUAAAUGAACCUUGUGUGUUUGUGCCACCUUAGAAGAUGCAGUAGGAUUUUAUUGGGAAGAUCGAUCUAUGUCUCAGGCAGAUGUGACUUUCAAGACCACAAGAUUUGUUACUGGGAUCUUUGUAGAAAUUGAAAAAUAAGAUAGUUGAGUACUUAGGAACCCAGUUUUCUCUCUUUCUUCUCAGCGGACUGGCUGGAAAGUGGAAAACUUGAUUGCGGAAGUCCAUUUAAGAUUUGGUGACUCAUCACCUAUAAAACUUCCCAGCAUGGAGCCCUCCCCCUCUUUGAGCUUGGAUGGAGAUGAGGUGAGCGACCAGAGCGCUCUGAUCCCAACCAGAAUGGUACCUCCACUUCAAGCCUGCCCUCCCCAGUGUGGCAUACACCACACGGUCCUCACUGCAGUCGAUCACAAGGUAUGGCUGGACAGAACCCAAGCCAUGGCCACGACUCCUUUAUACAACGGCCACCUUUACGUCACACACUCACCCCAUACCCACAGGAGGGCAGACAAACCAAAAGCCAACCAGAGACAGGACAGGAGAACAGAGAGAAGAUCAGUGGGAAGUGGACAAAGCCCCAGACAUGUGGGCUGUAAUCAGCUGUGCAAACCCCAGAAGACAGGAGCUCACAGACUCCAGCAGAAUAUCACCUCUUUCACUGACAUCCCCAUCUCCCCCUGCGGCUCGCCGUACAAGGCUCCCCACAGGUCCCUCAUCGACCUCAGCGACUCGGAGGUCAGAGGGGCGACUGGAGACAGAGCGGCUCGACUGUCGGGUAACAUUUCCCUGCAGUCUCUCCCAGAGAUCAUCAUCACCACCAAGGAUGACGACUUCCCUCCACAGCUUUACAAUGAGGCUUCCCAGUUUCACAAGGACCACGCCCAGUCCAAGGCUAAGGGCCUGCUGCCUGGGGCUGCAUGUCCCAGUCCCAGUCACGGUCCAAGGCCCAGUCUCUGUCCCAGUACAAUCCCAGAGCCGAAAGAUGCCACAAAAGACGACCAGUACUGGAAGACCCACAGCAUCGGCUGGCGGCUGGUCCGCAGGAGGGCCCUGUUUGAGAGGAGGCAGCGGCUGAAUGACUUGGCCCUCGCAGUGGGGAUAUUUGGUGUGGUGGUGAUGGUGAUGGAAACAGAGCUCUCCUGGAGUGUCUACAGCAAGAGCUCCAUCUUCUCUCUAGCCCUGAAGUCUGUCAUCAGUUUCUCCACGAUCAUCCUGCUUGGCCUCAUCAUUGCCUACCACUGUUGUGAGGUGCAGCUCUACGUUCAGGACAGUGGUGCAGAGGAUUGGCGGAUUGCCAUGACAACUGAACGUGUGACCUUCAUAGCUCUGGAGCUGGCGGCGGUAGCAGUUCAUCCCUAUCCGGUGGGUCUGCUCGCGUACUUCCAGCAGACCUCUGUGCGCCCAUCGCAGAGAUCUGAGACGGAGCUGGAGAUCAUCCUAGCUCUGCCCAUGUUCCUGAGGCUGUACCUGCUGGGCCGGGCCAUGAUGCUGCACAGCCGCCUCUUCACUGACACCGCCUCCCGCAGCAUCGGAGCGCUCAAUAAGAUACACUUCAAUACCCGCUUUGUGGGGAAAACGCUAAUGCACACGUACCCUGGGACUGUGCUGAUGAUUUUCAGCGUUUCUCUGUGGAUAGUGGCAGCGUGGGGCUUACAUGUCUGUGAGAGACAUCACAACUACAGGGAUCUGAGCAGUAACUACAUGGAGGCCUUGUGGAUGGUCUCUGUCACAUUUUUGUCCAUUGGUUAUGGAGAUGUGGUGCCUCAUACCUACUGUGGUCGGAGCAUCUGUCUUCUCACCGGGAUAAUGGGAGCGGGCUGCACAGUCCUGGUGGUUGCGGUGGUUGCCAGGAAGCUGGAGCUGACCAGGGCAGAGAAACAUGUCCACAAUUUUAUGAUGGACUCUCACAUCUCCAAGAGGAUAAAAAUUGCUGCAGCAAAUGUGCUGAGGGAGACUUGGCUUAUCUACAAACACACCAAGCUGCUAAGAGAAAGAGACCAUACCAGAGUCCGCAUGCACCAGCGGAAGCUGCUGCUGGCAAUUCACAAACUGCGCAGUGUGAAGAUGGAGAAGAGAAAACUGGCAGACCAGGCCAACACUCUGGUGGAUCUGUGCAAGAUGCAGAAUCUGAUGUACGACGUGCUGUCCGAGGUGCAGAGCUGCCGGGGAGACCUGGACACGCACGUGCACGGCCUGGAGAAGCAGGUGGAGGAGCUGAGGGAGGGCUUCAGGAGCCUGCUGCCCCUGCUCUCCAACACUCUGUCCACACAGAACUCCUCCAUCCGCCACCUCCUCAGGGAGAGGGAGAAGUCUGAGACCGCCGGCACCAGCGAAGUGACAGGCAGAGAGAGGGAGGGCAGGACGGACGACGGCCAAGUCUCUAACUGAGGGUUUCAGCUUGAGGUGUAUCCCUGGAGGAGUUGUGUUAUUUCAGUGUGAAAGAGGCACUGCCCUCAGAAAACUGGACAGGCGGCUGCUAGAAACAAGGUGUAGACAUACAAUUGUGUAAAUCUUUAUUGUAAAAUGUAGCUUUAUUAGCAGAAGUACUUGAUAAAUAACCUGUAAUAUAGUUAAUAAUUUACUUUGCUCUUUUUUCAAAAAAAGGAGCCACUGUAGAAUAGGGAAACUUUUUCUUUGGUGAAAAAAAACAGCCAUCAGUUGAUGAAACUGAGCCUUUACAAAUAAUGAUUGAGCUUGUGGCACUAGAUCACAUUUUGAGACAAACUGUGUUGACUCACUUAAAGAAUCUACAUUGAGUUUGUUUCAGAUGACAAAUAUUCCUUUUGUUGUUGUAUGAUAGAGAACUGUAAAAAAACAAAAUCCAUAUGUAAACAUAGUACAAUUACUGUUAAGAAGCUUGCCUUGGUGUGAAAUACAUUGAUGAACAAGAAUUGUGCCCUGAUG